GAGUACAAGAAAGGCUACAGAGGAGUCGCAGUAGUUCCGGUCCCUCUUCUGGCGGACAAUUACGCAUACUUGAUUUUGAGUUUUGCGACGAAAAAGUGUGCUGUGGUCGAUCCAGCUGACCCCAAACUCGUAAUGUACAUGCUGACCGUUGUCCGAUACUUAACCGGGGUAGAAUUCGUACUGACGGACAUUCUUACCACUCACAAACAUUGGGAUCAUGCUGGGGGGAAUCUGGAGUUCAUGCAGCAUUUACAGAACAAGAGUGAUGCAGAGAUCACAGAACUCUUGGAUGCUCAGUUGAAGAUUUAUGGUUCCGCAAUUGACAAUCCUCAUGCGUGUACCAACUUUGUAGAGGACGGCAAUGUGCUGACGGUUGCUGGUGGGGGCGUGACGGUUGCUGUGUUUUCUUCCCCUGGACACACCGUUGGCUCCGUUAUGUUCCUUUUAGGAGAUGCUCUCAUGGAUUCUGAUGUUCCACAGCGCUUGGCACUUUUCACUGGAGAUUGCAUCUUCUGUGGAGGUUGCGGUGCCAUGUUUGAGGUGACGACCGUUGAUGAAGUUAUACAGACACGGGAUUUGUUUUUUAGUCAUCGGAUGCGAACGCAUCCGACAAAUAAUAAAAUGUUCUCAGCGGACGAUGUUUUGGUGUACGUGGGGCAUGAGUACACAGAGCGUCUGGUGGCAGAAAUUUUGAGACUGCAUGAGAGGGAUUCAGGCAAGGAAGAGACCAAUGUGGAGCUGCGGGAUUAUCUCCAGACAUUGCGCGCGGCCAUGCGAAGCGCACGCAUGCUGCGCUCCAAACGUCAAUUAGACGAAAUCAGCGUCUCCGUACCUUUUGGGGAUAACACCAAAAGUCCCUGGAGCCUUCCAGCCUGCACGGUGCCGUCAACUUUGGCUAUUGAAAAGAGGACCAAUCCUCUAUUGACAGUUAAACGGGCCGUCUUGGAGGACCUCCGAGAAGGCGAAUUCUUUGCGAACAAACUACAAACAAUCAUUUAUGCUUC